GGACAUAUUUAAAGAGCAUAGUCCAAUAACGCAAUCUGCUGAUAACAAAUACACACCAAAUCAGUGACGACAGCGGGAUAUAUUGAAAAACAACAUAAGAUUGGUGACCUGUCUAGUGGCAAUAUGAGCACAAAGGGUGGCACUGCCCUGUCCCGACGCAACUAUCGCCUGGCAUCUGACACAGACAAAGCCAAAGUUACAGGUAUUGUCAAUGAGAAGCUAUUGAGUGAUUAUCUGCAUCAUGUGUUUCCCACCCCCGGUAAGCAGGGGCCUGCUUCUGCGACAUACAGAAAACUGUUGACGUUCCAGGAUCUCGGAGCCCAUCUGGAGAAGCUGCUGGCUGAAGAUAAUCUCACAGAAAACGGAAGAGACCAGGUAGAAGGUUGUCUUGGACCUUCAACUGUUGUCCUGGAUCACAGCAGUGGGUUUGAAGGCCUGUUAUUUGUUGACGAUGACCUCUUGGGGGUUAUAGGCCACAGCAACUUCAGCUCCAUCAGAGCCACCACAUGUGUCUACAAAGGGAAAUGGGUGUAUGAAGUCCUCAUCUCAUCUCAAGGCCUGAUGCAAAUUGGAUGGUGCACAUUGAACUGCAGGUUCAACCAAGAGGAAGGGGUUGGCGACACGCCAGACUCGUACGCUUACGAUGGAAACCGAGUACGAAAAUGGAAUGUGACAACCACCAACUACGGCAAGUCUUGGGCUGCUGGAGAUAUUGUCAGCUGUUUGAUAGAUUUGGAUGAAGGAACAAUUACGUUUUGUCUAAACGGACAGUCCCUUGGGAUCGCAUUCAGUAAUAUUAAGGUGGGGCUGGGCGUCGCAUAUUUUCCUGCGAUCAGUCUCUCGUUCAAAGAGUCUGUAGCAUUCAACUUCGGCAGCCGUCCUCUCAGGUACCCUGUGGAAGGCUACAUUCCUCUGCAAAGCCCUCCUACCACUGACCUCACCAAAGCCAACAAGCUUCUGGGAUACCUCAAGACUGUUCUGUCCACCUCUAUUGACACACAGGAGGAAAAGCUUAUCGAGACCGACAGCUCAUCCUGGCAGAUUCAGGGUGAUCCAACAGUCCUGGUCACCCUCGCACAUAUAUUUAACCACUUUGCACCUCUAAUGUGUAAAGUCUACUUGGUAGAAGACGUGCUGAUGAACUUCCUGUUGGCUAUUCUGGAGGGGGGCGGAUCAGUGGACGAACAUCCACUUAUACAACAACUGAUGGACCUUUUCUGGCUUCUCAUGGAGGAGUACGAGGUGAAUGAGUGUUUGAAGCAGCUGAUGAUGUCAUUGCUGAGAGCGUAUCGUUUCUCUCCCAUCAUCCCUGACCUGGGCUUUCAGAUUCAUUACCUCCGUUUGACCACAGCAAUCCUGCGUCAUGAGAAGUCUAGGAAAUACCUGCUGAGCAACGUUCUAUUUGACGUGCUGCGGUCUGUGGUCUUCUUCUACAUCAAGACUCCUCUGAGGGUGAAGGAAGCGGGGCUAGAAGAGCUCAUACCAACCACAUGGUGGCCAACACGUAUCGACAAAGAGGGCAAAGACGAGAGAGACACUCGCGAGGAGACGGCAGAUGAGAGGCUGAGACGUCGAGCGUACGAGCGUGGCUGUCACAGGCUCAAAAAGAGGAUUGAGGUUGUGGAGGAGUUACAGGUUCAGAUCCUCAGGCUGAUGCUAAACAACAAAGACAAAGGGAUGGGAGAGGCAUCCCGAUACAUUUUCCUGAACAAAUUUCGCAAGUUCCUUCAAGAAAACGCCAGCAACCGAGGGAACCCCACAGUGUUGUGUCCCCCGGAAUACAUGGUGUGUUUCUUACACCGGCUCAUCACGGCCAUCCGGAGCUACUGGGAUGAAGGCAAAAGGAAAUGUCCGGGAUCAAUCAGCAGUGAAGAUGCCUAUGUGCCCCCUCAACUAUUCUACAAUGGGAAGGUUGAUUUCUUUGACCUUCAACGGUUGGGAGGACUUCUCUCACAUUUGAAGAAAACUCUCAAAGAUGAUCUAGCUGCAAAGGCCAACAUCAUCAUAGACCCGGCGGAGAUCCAGGCCACCACCAUGGACGAUCUGGAUGAGGAUGAGGAGACCGGAGCUGCCCAGAGACCAUCUGGAGCCGUUGCCAUGGGUGGUGCUUUGGCCCGGCCCAGCUGGUUGAGUUCCCCGACACUGGGCAGAGCCAAUCGCUUCCUGAGCACCGCCGCCGUCAGCCUCAUGACCCCUCGACGACCUCUUGCCCCGCCUGAGAAGGUCAUGGUCCGAACGCUUGCUGUUGAAGAGAGGACAGAGGAAGACAUCGAGGGAAGCCAUGGUAACGAUGGCCUGUUGCUGGGGCGACCGUUAGAAGAGCCAGACCAGCCAAUCACGGAGAAGUCACUGUUAGAGAUUCUGGAUGGAGUUGUGAUGAUGUACAAUCUGAGCGUUCAUCAACAGCUUGGCAAGAUGGUGGUUGUAUCUGAUGAUGUUCAUGAAUACGCUGUCGCCCUCAAAGACACGGAGGAGAAGAUCGCCCGAUGCCCGAGCAGAAGACCGGAUAUUCUAGAAGAGUUGCAAAAGAGCCAAAAAGUGUUUGCUGAUAAGCUGAACCACCUGAGUCGUAGGUUGGCCUGGAUCAACGCUACCAUCUACUCCAAGGAAAAAAUGUUGGAUUUGUACUGGCUCCUGCGAGUUUGUAUUUGCACUAUCGAGCAUGCCGAUAGCACUGGAUCUCUUUUCGCCUUCAUGCCGGAGUUCUACCUCAGUGUGGCCAUGAACAGUUACAGCGCCCUCAAGAACUACUUCAGCCUCUCCAACUGCAUGGAAGAACUUCCAGGUUAUGAGAACACGCUCGCACAGCUUGCGGCAAUUCUCGCCAAACACUUUGCAGAUCCACGCAUCGUCGGGACAGAUAUCAAAGACUCACUGAUGCAGGCUUUGGCCAGUUAUGUGUGUUACCCGCAGUCACUGCGUGCCGUUGAGAGGAUCCCAGAGGAACAGCGAAUGGCUAUGAUGAGGAACUUACUGGCUCCGUAUGAGCAAAGACCCUGGGCUCAAACCAACUGGAUCCUGGUUCGUCUUUGGAGGGGUUGUGGGUUUGGCUACAGAUACACUCGACUGCCUCACUUGCUGAAGACCAAACCUGAGGAUGCCAACCUGCCCAGCCUACAGAAGCCCUGCCCAUCGCUUCUGCUGCAGAGACACAUGGCUGAACUGCUCAGUCAGGAUAAAGACAUGGCUGCCAGCUUCCUUAACAGUGUAUUGAACCAGCUCAACUGGGCCUUCUCUGAAUUCAUCGGCAUGAUACAGGAGAUCCAGCAGGCGGCCGAGCGACCAGAGAGGAACUUUGUGGACACAAGGCAGCUGAAAGUGUGUGCAACCUGCUUUGACCUCUCUGUCAGUCUGUUACGGGUUCUAGAAAUGACCAUUACUCUAGUGCCAGAAAUAUUCCUGGACUGGACUCGCCCCUCCGCUGAGCUGCUGCUACGCCGAUUGGCUCAGCUCCUGAACCAAGUGUUAAAUCGAGUCACAGCAGAACGAAACCUGUUUGACCGAGUGGUUAACUUGCGUCUUCCAGGCCUGGAAAGUGUCGAUCAUUACCCCAUCCUAGUGGCUGUUACGGGGAUAUUGGUGCGCAUUCUGGUAGACUCAGACAAACAAGGGAUCUCGAGGGCUUCGUCAGUGCUGUUGUCAGAUCCUUGUUUCCAGCUUCAGUCCGUCCAGUACCUGGUCGGAGAGGGAGAGGGCGGAGCCACAGUCGGCGAUCAGAAACACUUCUCUCUGCACGCAUAUACAGACUACAUCAGCGCAGAAGAAGAACAGAAGGUAGAAAAGAUGCUGAUAUUUCUGACAGAGGAUUCCAAACAGGCAGCGGCCAGCACAGCACCGACCUGUGAGGAUGAUCUCUGCCCUAUCUGCUAUGCACACUCCAUAUCGGCUAUCUUCAAGCCCUGCUCCCACAAAUCCUGCAAGGCCUGUAUCAAUCAACACUUGAUGAAUAACAAGGACUGCUUCUUCUGCAAAGCCACUAUCACUGGAGUGGAUGAUUACACCAAACCGGCCUCCUCUUAGCAUGCCCAUCACACACACUCAGUGUUCAAAAGCUUUGGGUACUGAAAAUCAAGAUGACGUACACUUUUCCAAAGACACACACGAAAAACACACAUACGCUGACUUGAAACAUUUACUUCAAACAAUGAAAAAUCAUUUAUGUGGACUUCCAUGUUCAACCUGGUUUUUUUCUGCCAACUUAAUCCCUCUUUGUUGGCAUAUCAUAACAUUUUGUCCUCUGGAAAAUGGAACAAGGCUUUGCAAGGCAACAGUCUUUCCCAGAUGUCUUUGUGAUGAAUGGAAGAGAUCAUGUUUAGAGUUGCCGUCUCGUGGAGGUUGUGACAGAGUAGGAGGAGAGCUGAAUCUGGAAGAUGUACUGACAGUGAUGGAUUGGAAGACUGCUGGGAUACAACAAAGAGGAAAUGACAAAUCCUCCCUCAGGUGGACAACUUGCUACUCUCCUCAGUCCAUUGUCUCAAUGUAUUCUCUUCCUCACCCCUUUUCCUCUUGCAUCUCACUUUCUCUUUGCUUGCCUUCUUCAUUUAUUCAUCCCUUCAUUUUUCUUCCUUUUCCUCUUCCAAUACACUUUAUUUUCUCUUCCCUUUUCCCUUUUCCCCUUACUCCUGUUUCUUUUCCAAUUUAAUUUCUUUUAUCUUAAAAAUGUCCCCCUUCCUUUUCCUUUCCUCUUACCAUUUCCUCUUCAAUUUAUCUUUGUUUUCACCUUCCUCUUCCCAUUAUGGUGUGUUCACCUACAACGCGAAGCGAGCAUUUUGCGUGGCACGAUUUCAUACAAAGUCAAAGCAAAGAUCUGAAUAGACACGAAUUCACACAGGCGGCACACAAAAUCGUUCAUUUGCGUAUUUGCGUGAGUUUAAAUAUUUUAACUCGAGCGAGAAAUUCGCUUGACACAUUCAGAUGUCACUGACGUACUGAUGUAGUAGCAGAAGAAAUCUGGAAAAAUGGAUGAAAGAAUAGUUGUAGCGGUGUGUGGGCACCCGGAAUUGUAUGACACAACGCCAUACGUGUACAGAGACCGGACGAAAAAGACAUCUCUUUUAGGAAAGUUGAGCGAGGAAGUUGGACUACCUGGUAAGUUCUGGAAAUAUGCACGUCUACUUGAUUCCAGCUAUUGGUGGUACUUUACUAUAAACCAAGUUGUAGAAGCCCCUCCUCCUGUCAUUUUCCAGAAGAGAAGGGGGAAUACUCAUGGGUUCGCGUUACUCGCGCGAACGCGAGUUUAAACACGCAUUCAUAAUCUAGCGGUCAAACUUACAUGAGCAAUGCGAGGCGAAAGUUUUCUUCACAUUGUAUGUGAACGCACCAUUACUCUCUUCUUGUUCUCUUCUCUCCCCUUCUUCCUCUUUUCUUUUCUAUUCCUUUUUCCCUUUCUCCUUUCUCCCAUUUCCUCUUCUUAUUCUCUUCCUCUUAUUUUCUCCUUCGUUCUCCCCUUCCUACCCUUUUCUUUUUCUCCAUCCUCUUACUUUUCCUAUUUUCACUUCCCUUCCUUUCCUCUUCCCUUUACAUUUACCUUUUUUCUUCUCGCUCUUCUCUUCCUCUUCCUAUUUUCUCUACUAUCUCUCUUUGCAAACUCUGGUUAAUAUAAUAUCAGGAAGGCAGAUAAAAACUACAUGCAUUUGAUAAUGUGUUUUAUACUCAAUACUGACAGCCAUAUUUGAAAUGACAGUAUGUAGUAACACAAAGCAGAACCUUCAGUCAGUUCUGAUUGUUGUACAUGAGAAGAUCAAAGGUAAAAAAAAACAUUUACACAAAGUAGUUACAUACACUAGUCAUUCAAUAUAUGUAACAUACAAGAGUUUUAUUAAGGAUUUAUAAAGCAUCAUACAGAAUAGGAACUACUUAAAGUUAUAUAUGGUUUUGAAAUUAAACGGUUUACAUUUAGACAAAUGUGAUUUGAUUUGUGGGACAGUAGUAACAGUUCAUGCUUGAGAGAAAUGCUUUAAUGUAUGCCAACGUCUUCAAAACACUUUGACCCACUGUUUUGCAACAUCUGUCAUUAAUUGUCAAGACCAUAAAACAAUCUGCUCCCCGCAACAUUUUUUCCCUACCAGAACUUUUGUAUGUGUGGUCUGUCAGUAAUCGUGUGGUCAUAGUGGAUGUUCUCAAACAACCUAAAACCUUUUUAAUUCUCAGACUUUUCCUUCAGUCUUUUACAUUAGUGCCUAGACUGCUGUACUCGUAAUGAAACACCAACAGACAUCUAGAUUGAAGUGCUUUACUCUCGUGUGCAUGGGGAUAGAUAACCCAGAAUCCUUUACUAAUGGAUUAUGUUGUAACAUCGACUCAGAAUCCAUUGCCUUGUCACAGUUAUCUUAAAAGGAUAUUUAGCCAUUGACAGCACCAAAUAAGUGUGGUGGUUUGACCCAGUUUAAAACCUACAAAUAAUUAGAGAGGAGGACAGAUGGCUAGAUACAAAUUGAGCCAAGAUUGGAGGUGGAUUUAGCACAGCUUUGCCUGUCAAUAUACAAACAGCUUGAUUUAGCUUUUUGUAAAAAAAAAAAAAAAAAAUCUUCCUAAGUUAUCAUAUGCUACUUACUUAAUAAUGCACACAGACUGUUUAUUCCAAACAUCUAGGGAAUUUACUAUGACACAGAAACCACUGCAGUUCUAAUCACUUUAAAAUGAAUAUUAAGUAUGAAUUAUCGAAACCAAAAUAAUAUUUGGGUCACAACGUCACUCAUUUGGACUGUUAAACCAUUUCUCACAGUGUGGUGUAAUGUUGUUUUCAAACAGGGGGUGCAUGAUUUAAUUUUGGACCCCCCAUGUAUAGCUCUUUACUUUUAGGUGUGUGUGAUGAAGACGUGUGUUUGCGGUGAGUGUGUCGACGAAUAGACUUUAACAAAGGGUUUCCAUUCUCAGGCAUCUGCUUUUGUUGUCAAAGGGAAUUUUAGAUUAGUUCAACUAUAUUUAAAGGACUGUUGAUGUUUUUGUUUUGUUCAGAAAGAUGGCAACUUUUGUUUUUGUUUUCAUUUUUGUGAGAGUGUACAUGUAUUGAUGUAAUAUUAUCUUAAAAUUUUUUAU